AUGGUCAAAAAGGUCAAAAAAUCCACACAAUCCCCAAAACUCGCUGAUUCACAAAUAAAAAAGGCUUUCAAAGCCGUCAAAGAUCUGAUCAUCUCUUCUCGAAACACAAAAGAUUUGCUGUCAGACGAGCAUGAAUUUAUCAACAUGCAAGUAGAAGUCAACCAUUUACCAGAAAUUGCCACAUUAAGAUGUGUCCCAAUUCCGCUGCCUCAUGCAAUUUACGACAAAAAAUUCAACUCACAGGUCAUGCUAAUUGUAAAAGACCCACAAAGAGCCAUGAAGGAAAAGCUGGAUGGCCUCGGUCUCAAAGAUACCCCACUAACCAAAAUUAUUGGAAUAUCCAAGCUUGGCAAAAACUACACCCAGUACAAAGACAGAAGAGAAUUAAUAAGGCAAUACGACUUGUUCUUGGCCGAUAUCAGAGUUUUCAAUAUGCUUCCUGAUAGGCUUGGCAAGUAUUUUUACGAAAAAAAGAAAAUCCCUUGCUUGCUUAAUUUAGAUGACGACGUCGAAGCCACUUUGCGCCGAGCUAUGAGCAGUACUUUUAUCAUAGCUGCCAAAGGUCCUAUUUUCUGCAUAAAAAUAGCAAGGUCGUCUAUGAGCGAAAAAGAAGUCAUGGAAAACGUACAAGCAGCUAUUGAAGCUUUGCCUAAUGCAAUUCCAGGACUUGAGAGGCAGCACAUCAGAAGGAUUGAAAUCAAAGGACAAACGACCAUGGCGCUACCUGUCUAUAACUUUUUAUCAGAAGAAGAAAUUCAAGCUUAUAAAAAUUAA